AUGGUGUGCGAACCCGAAUUCGGUAGAAUCGGGCUCGGGGUUGCUACCGGCGUGGUGAGAUUGAUCACCACUGGUUCCACGCGAGUGCCGACCUGGUCCUUGAUCGAGCUGGAGCUCGUCUUUACGUCGACCGGAAUAGCUCGGAUGGCAGUUAACUGGCUUACGAGGGAGUCGCUUGGUGGGCUCGAGGUCUUCUUGCUGGGCUUGAGUGGGCCUGGACUUCAAUCUUGGAUCAAGGUAAUGGGCCCUUACGGGCUAGAUUCCAGUGGUACUCGCAACAUGUAUCCAGCUCCACCGUUUUGA